AUGGAUGCUUCAGAUAAAACCAAGGAUGCAAAGUACACUGCCAAAUUGUUGCGGGAUGUCAUAAAAGAGGUUGGGCCGUCGAAUGUUGUUCAUAUUGUCACCGACAAUGAUAUUGGGAAGCAAGAGUCGGUGGCUAAUGUCAUAAAUAAGGCUAGGAAAUUAACCAACUACAUUUACAAUCAUGGUUGGCUAUUGGCUCAGAUGAGGAUCUUCUGUCAAGCAGAUUUGGUCAGACCCAGUGCAACUCAAUUUGCUACAAACUACAUCACCAUCAAUAACAUCUUAAAUAAGAAAGCUGAGUUGAGGCAACUUUUUACAAGUGAGGAAUGGUAUAAUAGUCGAUUCAGUGAAUCAGAAGAGGGGAAGAUAAUUGAAAGUCGAGUCCUUGAUCAUAGAUUUUGGGAUGCCAUGGAAAGAGUGCAAUCCAUCAAUGAGCCUUUGUGUAGCAUCCUGCGAAUUGUUGACACAGAGGUAGUUCCUACCAUGCCUAUCUUAUAUGAUAUGUUUCACAUAAUGAAAGAGAAGAUUUCUAAGUUGAAGGGAAAAAAAUGGCUUCUCAAAAUCAUCAAUCACAAAUGGGAUGUCACAUUAUCUCGUCCAUUACAUCAAGCUGGGGUUGGAUACAAUAAAGAGUUACUUUCAGGACUCCAACGCGUAUUUGAAAGGUUGAACCCAACUGGGGAUAGAGAGACUGUAGAAAGACAUUUCGCACUGAGAUGGCCAUCAAAUCAAGAAAAUCGAUCCCCCCCAGCAGAAUGGUGGAAUCUUCAUGGUGAUUCUGCCCCGAACUUGCAAAAAAUUGCUAUGCUUAUAUUGUCACAAAUAGCAUCAUCAUCGGCAUGUGAGCAAAAUUGGAGUACAUUUGCUCUUAUUCACACGAAACAAAGGAACCAUCUCGCAUAUACUAGGCUGGAAAAGAUUGUCUUUCGCUAUUAUAAUAUGAAACUUAAGCUACGUGAUGAAGAGGCCGAAAUGAACAAGGUUGCAGAAAAUGACUACAUAAACCUUCUUGACAUUGCAGGGCAACCAUCUGAUGAUGAUAAUAAUCCAAUUCAACAAUGGAUUAUGACAGCUUACUUGGAUGAUGAACAAGGCAACCCUGAUGCCGUUAUAGCACAACAUGCUGCCCAAGAAGGAGUUGAUGUUGAUAAAGUCAUAUCCGAAGAUGUUAGGAGUGGAGAUACUUCAUCAUUUGAAAGGGAUAUGCUUGGACCUCGGCAAGUUCAAAGACGUCCCUUGAGAGACGAUGCCAGUGCUAGUAGAAAGGAAAGUUCAUCCAAUUCGUCAGAUAAUGAUGGAGGAAGUAAUGCUGGAUCAGGAGGUAAUGAAGAAGGAAGACAAUAUAACCCAUUUACUGUUGAGGAUGAUUUUACUCAUGCCACCCAAGAUGAGGAUCAUGGAUGCAGAGAAGCUGGGCCAGGCAUUGGCCCAAUUGGGAAGCAAUACUCAAAGAAAAGAAGCCAACCAAUCAAUCCAUCUGAAGAGGACAUGGCGAUCAGUUUUGGAUCUAUGAGGAUACUAGACCUAGUACAAACUCAAAUGAAUCUUAUGAUGGCUAUGGUUAUGUCAUGUCUGAUUAUAGUGGAACUAGUUAUGGAGCUCAAGAUGAUGAAACAUAUUAUGGACCUACUAGUUGGGUUAAUCCUAACUAUCCCAUAUAUGGGAGGACAAUAG